AUGUUUGCCGAAUGCUUGGAACAUGAAGGUGAAACUGGAAAGGAUCAAAUUAAUAUUGAUGAGAUCAAGCAUCCUAUUGACUCUUUCAAGACAUUUAAUGAAUUCUUCACAAGAGAGCUAAAGUCUGGAGCAAGGCCAAUUGCCUAUGAAGAUCAUGAUGACAUUGCUAUUUGUGCGGCAACAUUUAAAUCAGUUUUUAGAGUUAUUGAGGCUUUGGUGGAUAUGCCAGGAUCUUUGUAUAUGGUGAAUCCUAUCGCAGUGAACAGAAGUAUCACUUUCAUAAAGAAGAAGGGCGAUUACAUUCACAAAGGUGAUGAAUUUAGAAAAUUUUCAUUUGUAGGAAGCAUUGUAUCAUGCAUGUCUGAAAAGGAUUCCAUAGACUUAGAUAAGGAUCUUAUUGUAAAUAGUGAAAGAUCUCUGGAGACUUUAGUCUCUAUUGGCAUGACAACAUAG